GGCCGCCUGAGGCGCGAGGGCGGGAGUCUCGGCCGGGAGACUUCCAUGGCCGCGCCGUGUGAGGGGAAAGAUGAGGACUUCCGCUCCUGCUUCCUGCUCUCCUGACAGGCCCCGCGGCGGCGCUUAGGCCGCGCCCAGCGGGCGCACGGUUGGACGGGCUGCCAUGCGGCGGCUGUGGCCGGGGCUGCUGCUCCUCCUGCUGCUGGCCGGGCUGUGGGGCGGGGAAGCGCUCCCGGCUCAGGGGGUCCUGAGGCCGCCGCCUCCCUCGCCUCCGCCGGCGGCGCCGUCGUCGUCCUCUGCCUCCGCGGCGCCCGGCGGCCACGACGCCGCGCCCGCCCUGGGCAGCAGCAGCGGUUCCCCCGCGGGCGAGGCGGCGCGGAGCAGCAAUGCGAGUGGGGUGGGCAGCGUGGCCGCCGCCGUGCCCGCCCCGCCUGAGCGCAACCAGCUCAUGACCCAGCGCGCCCUCUCGGUCCUGGUCCUGGCCAGCGCCGCGCUCAUCGUCUACUUCGUCAUCCGGACCGUGCGGUGAGCCUGGGGCAGCAGGAGGGACCCCUGUAAUCUGUCAACCCAGCGAUCGGAUCAAUCGGUCGAUCUCGGAAGGGUUUGGGGAUCUCCCCCUCCUCGUUUCCACUUGGCUUUGGGGGAAACAGAGUCUGAGGGGUGUCCCGUCCCCCUCCCCCCUCCAAGAAGAAGGGGAGGGAGGCUGGCUAGGGUGGCCUCUCCCUUUCUCAGCCCUGUUGCAUCUUAGAAUCACGGAAGGGACCCCGAGAAGUCAUCUAGUCCAACCCUGCUUGCAAUGAUAGCCAUCUCGAGGUCUUCCACGUUGGAGAGGAGGGAGCAAGCUUCAUUUUCUCCUGCUCUGGAGGGUGGCUUCAAGUUACAAGAAAGAAGUUUCUAAUAAUGAUAGUAGUAAUAAUUAUUUAUUUAUACCCCACCUUUCUGUCUGGGUUUCUCCAGGCACUAUGGGCGGCCCCCAGCACAAUAUUAAAAACAAGAUAAGACAUCAAACAUUAAAAACUUCCCUAAACAGUGCUGCUUUCAGAUGUCUUCCAAAAGUCAGAUAGUUGUUUAUAUCCUUGAUAUCUGAAGGGUUCCACUACUGAGAAGGCCCUCUGCUCAGUUCCCUGUAACCUCACAUCUUGCAGGGAGGGAACCACCAAAAGGCCCUCGGAGCUGGACCUCAGUGUCCGGGCUGAACGAUGGGGGUGGAGACACUCCUUCAGGUAUACUAGGUCGAGACUGUUUAGGGCUUUAAAGGUCAGCACCAACACUUUGAAUCACGGAAGGGACUGUCAUCUAGUCCAACCUCACCCCCGCAAUGCAGGAAUAUGCAUGGGGGAGAUAUGAUUGCCAUCUCAAGGUCUUUCACGUGGGAGAGAGAGCAAGCUUUUUCCCCCUUUCUCCUGCUCUAGAGGGUAGGAUGCGAGCCAGUGGCUUCAAGUUACAAGGAAGGAGGUUCUGACUAAACACUAGAGAAAACUUUGAGCUGUUUGACAGUGGAACAGUCUCCCUCGGGAGGCUGUGGUCUCUCCUUCAUUGGAGAUUUUAAAGCAGAGUUAGGAUCUGUCUCAGAUGCUUUAGCUGAGAUUCCUGCGCUGCAGGGGGUUGGACUAGAUGACCCAGGGGGUCCCUUCCAACUCUUCAGUUCUGUGACCCAUGGCCCUCUCUUAUUACACACCUGCGAAACAUCCCCUUUAGGCUGUCGUGUGUUCCCCUGGUCCUUGUUUACCUUGGCGUAUCUGAUAGAGCACGUGUCACUGGUGUACCUGAUUCAAGCCUAGCACUCCUUAUCUUAAGUUCUAUCAUAUGUGUUUCUGGAAGGUAGUUUCUGCAUGUGAUCUGGGCAGCUUUUGCACCCAGUGAAAGGGACAGCUGAUUAGAAUAAUGAUCAUUUUGUAUUUAAACAAGACUGGAGAGAGAAGUCGUAACUAGCAGAGUUCCACUGUAGACUCAAGGCUGGCGACUGGGGAGCCUGUGGCACAAACCCCGAGAAACUAGCAGUACUUGUGUUGGAUUAACAUAUUCAGUAUGCAGGUAGAUCUAUAUAAAAAACUGAACCUUUUCCUGAGUCAAUGUAUCUAAAACAAGUAAGCAGUGGGCUUUUAAAGCCAUGAAACAAACACCUCUCUGUAAUCCAGUCCUGUGUGGGAACUAAUUUGUUUUGUGGUAUUGUGUGACUUUCUUUGGGGUGUUGUAUGCAUCUGGGAAAAAUGCAUAGAAGGGCAACCAAAAUAUCAAGGAUUUGAAGCAGCUUCUAUGUUUUGAAGAAGAAAACAACCUAGAGGGUAAUCUAUAUGCACAAGAUGCUGGUGUUAGUUAAGCCACAAAAUGUUACCCCAGAUCCAAGCUGCACUCAGUAGCAUAGCUCUGCAUAAGCCUUUAAAAUAGUCUGAAGCUGGGUUGCUGAGUCAUGUGACUGAGCUGAACAUGCUCAGGAUCUGGCCUUAGUUUCUGGUCAUGCUCCACACACACUUCCACUGCUAUCUGGUGAGCAUGAUUAAACUCCAUCUUUGCCUUGCAAUUUGGAGUUAGAAGGGAGCAUUGUGAUGCCCAACCGCUUAGUUACACUGCAUGUUGGAGGCACAACACAGGUACUUGCCCUGAUGCAGCUUCCAACUUGAGAGGAAGGUUGGAGUUGAUUGUUUGGACAGUGAGCAGCCAGGCACUCCGCACCCAAACCAAACCAAAUCCCAUCCUUUCCCGUGUUCUGGAGAGGAAGGGUUGGAGGGGCCAUUUGAGUGAUGGCUGGCAUUCUGUGUACCUCAGCUGCCCAGUGGCAACAGGUCCUACGUCUCCUCAAUAGCCUCCCAACCUGACUGCAACAUGGUUCAUGGAUCUAAGCCAUAUUGAGCUCAAUGGGAGUAACUUCUGAGAAAACAUGCACUGAAGGAAGAGUCCGAUGACCACAGAUUUUGGCUUGGCUGCCAAGUCGGUGCAAACUUUAUUGACUCCUUCAUAUAGAAAAGCAGGGCACUUUGUAGCCUAACUUCCUUUGUAUAUAAAUGUAUAUGCAUGCAUGCAUGUGUGUUUGUGUGAUGUAUAUGCAUUUAUUUAUUUUUGCUAACAACCAUUCAAUCAUGCAAAUCCACCUACAGUUGGAAUAAUAAUAAUAAUAAUAAUAAUAAUAAUGUCUGAAAUGGUAGAGCCCAUGUGCAUGUGCAGGUUUACCAGUGUAUUUAAAAUUUAUUUUGAUUAGAUCUUAUAUUGUUACUGUAUCCUACCUUCCUUAUGUUAUGGAGCUAAAGGCAGGGUAUAUGUAGUUCCCAGUAAUUCACCCCUCAAAGCAGUGACCAGACCCAGGCCUGCUUAUCUUUAGCAAUGGCCUUCAGAAGGAUGGUGUGACAACACAUUAUGAAAUUAUGUAUUGAUUUUUCAACCUUAUGAAUUCUCUCUCCCCACUCCCACCCCCGCACCUUCUUUUUCUAAACCAUGUAGAAUUUACUUAGUAAAUUCACGGCUACACUACGUGAUUAUAGUACCUGACUUUGCUCUUAAGGGGAUUAGACAAGUUCAUGGAGAAUACAUCUAUCCACAAGUGUUAGUCCUGAUAGGGUUAAGUAGAGUUUCCACAAUCAGCAGCAGUAUACCUGUGAACAACAUGCUGAUAACAUGCAACAUACGGGUGUCGGUGAGAGCUGUCAAUUUCAUGUCCUGUCUCUUAGCAUUCCAAAAGGAUCUGUUGAAAAUGUUGGUUUAUUUUAUUAUAGGUAUUAAUUGACUGCCCUUUGUUUGAACUUUGCUUACAGAAUAAAAAUUAAUACAUAAAAUAUAACAGGAAAAAUAGAAAGGGGAUAAGAAAACCAUAAACCGUGCUUCAAGAACAAAAAAUACAUUAGAGAGAAGUUACAUUUUCUUCACAUAACUCAGGCAAAUGUAUUCUUAAAAUGUUCGUUUGUGUAAUGCAUGCAUUUCAUCAGAAUGAGUUUCAUAAAUGCUUAAACUCCUGUUCUGCAUUUGAUUGUCAUCAGACUUAUAAUGAUACAUUUAAAUUACAGAUUUUCUCACAAUCAUCCUAUUUGUGAAAAGCAUAUAGAGAUAGUUUCUGACCAAAUUGUUGAACUGUGUUUGACAUCUGGCCUUACAUUCUUACAUAAUAAAAAGUUUAAGCCUGCCUUGCACCAUUUGUCAUAUAUUGUUCACUGUGAAAUUAAGGCUGUUGCAUAAGACUGUAUUUAGUGAAAAACAAGCAACACAGUCCUUCAUCUUGUUCUUUAACAGCUUUGCAAUAACAUUAUAGUUUGCAUUUUGGCAAAUGAUCCCCUCAUCCGAUUCAUCUUUAGCUAAGAUUUGUUUUGGCAGCCUUGGACUAGUAACUCUCUUUAGGUCCUGUAAUUUGUUAAGUGAGAACAAAAUCCUGCCUCACUUGGUUGUUGAAUAUGGAUGUGAUUAGAAUCAUAAAACACCCAGCAUACUUGUAGCAUGGAACUUCUGAAUGAGAACAAAAUGAAAGUUUGUUUUAACUUGUUCCCAAGUAAGUGUGCAUCGGAUUGCAGCAUUUAUAUGCUAAGAAAUCAAUCAGGAAAUUAUUUUGACAGUGCCCUACCAUAAGGUGGCAGCACCAAGCACAUGAUUGUGCAAUUCCUUGACAGUUGGCAUUUUACUGGAAUUUCUUCAGACAAGUUUUCAGUGAAUUUUGUUCCCUUUGAUUUAGUGGCUUAAGUAAGAUCUUUGGUAUAGACUGCAACAUCUGAGUAUGAUUAAGCUUCUGUAAAAUAGAUCAAAUCAAAUAAACUUUGACCUGUUUGCAGUCUUACAGCUCCAUCACAGGGUCAUAGAACUAGGUCCUGCUGUUCUUCACCUUUUCAGUUAUCUUCACAAUAUUCUGUUCUGUUCCACUCUGAUCCAAUGGCCUCAUCAUUCUUUGUCAACAUCCCCAGUCCUCACUAGACUAUUUUUGUCUUCUUCCACUUGGGCUUCUCCGCCCCCAAGGGCUUUUUUCACAUUCAAAACUUGGGGUUCCCCAGAAACAUCUGAUACCUCUCUCUUGUGCAUAGAUGUUGUUCUGGCUACAUAAAAAAUACUCAAAGACCAACAUGUGAAACAUAUUGGGCACAUGUCAAUAGCUACAUUGGCUGAGUGUUAAAGUAGCAAUAUUGUAUUAUUUCCCCAAAAUUACAAUAUGAUAUUCUGGUACAGUGGUACCUCAGUUUAAGAACUUAAUUCGUUCUGGAGGUCCAUUCUUAACCUGAAACUGUUCUUAACCUGAGGUACUUUAGCUAAUGGGGCCUCCCGCUGCCGCCGCUGCACGAUUUCUGUUCUCAUCCUGAAGCAACGUUCUUAACCCAAGGUACUAUUUCUGGGUUAGCAGAGUCUGUAACCUGAAGCGUCUGUAACCUGAAGCGUCUGUAACCCUGAGAUACCACUGUACUUGUGCCUUGGGAGCUUCUGGCUUGAAAUUGAGAAGUGUUUUGUGAGUGUGUGUGUUUUCUUAUUCAAAAAUGGAAGAGCACAUCCCUUCCUGUUUCUUUUUUGGACAGUUAAGGGAGUAAGAUCUGGCAAGAUAAAAUGCAGGAUUAUUCAUACUGUUUGCUAAAUUAAGCUGAAUUUUCUUUGAAGCAAGCUAAAAUUGUGCAAUCACAUUAUACAAAUCAAUAGUUUUUCAGUGCUUGACUGUCGAAUUGGGCGUCCUGCUUACGCAUGUGGAUUACAAUAAUGCAUUGCUUAUACAGAUGGUUGUUAGUACACUUGAAUUCAUGUUAGUAUUUCUUAAGUUUUCCUUCAGAGCGAUAUUUUAAUUCUGUUGUUAUUGGUCUGAUUCAGUUAAUAAAUUUUAACCUUUCACACUUUUCAGACUUCGACGAAGAAACAGAAAGACGAGGAGGUAUGGGGUUCUGGACACAAACAUAGAAAAUACAGAGCUGACACCAUUGGAACAAGAUGAUGACGACGACGACACAACACUCUUUGAUGCCAAUCAUCCUCGAAGGUUGGUAGACAGAGUUUAGGAUGUUCUCCGUGUUGUAAGAGGGAACGGAUUCCGAGGUACAGUGGUACCUCGGGUUAAGUACUUACCUGAAACUGUUCUUAACCUGAAGCACCACUUUAGCUAAUGGGGCCUCCUGCUGCUACCGCGCCGCCGGAGCCCAAUUUCUGUUCUUAUCCUGAAGCAAAGUUCUUAACCUGAAGCACUAUUUCUGGGUUAGCAGAGCAUAUGUAACCCGAGGUACCACUGUAUAUGACUGGAAACCAAGCGUGAUGUAUUUCAUUCUUCAUCCAUGGAUGAAGUGGAUGUUUUGAACAAGAUAUAAAAAUGCCUCUGUGACCAGAGGCACUGGUUGUUCUUUUAAGGAAGGCACGGUACAUCUGUGUAAUAUUGUCUUGGGGCAUUCCAAGCACAGUUGCCAAACCUACUUGCAUGCAGCCUCCCUUGCCCAAAUUGCCAACAUCAGACAUGAGGGAAAUAGUUAUCCCCAAACUUAUGGAUGAGAAUCUUAGAUCUGUGACUUUUAAUUUAGGAAUGAGUCGUUUGUAUUCAUUGUUCUGUAGCAUACUUUACAUGGUGCUGUUUUAGUGCUAUGGGCAUUUGAUUUAUUUAAAUACUUAAAUUGCCUAUUUUUUAUGUCCCUGUUCUUAUAAAGUCGUAACGCAUACCAGGCUUUCUGUAAGCUAUUAUACUCCAGAAAUAAUGGCAAUGUCUAAUUAAUUAAGGAUUCUAUCCUUACAUGAUAUUCUUGGUAGUAUUUCAUUUCCUAAAUAGUAGCUGUGUUAGUCUCUUAGGUGGCACAGGUCUUCCUUGUGUGUUGUAGACUAAUUGGAUUUAUUGUGGCAUGGGAUUUCACUUGUAACAACCUAGUUUUCAAAUGUACAGUGGUACCUUAAGUACUACUUAAUUUGUUCCGGAGGCCCGUUCUUAACCUGAAACUGUUCUUAACCUGAAGCACCACUUUAGCUAAUGGGGCCUCCUGUUGCUGCCGCGCCGCCGGAGCACGAUUUCUGUUCUCAUCCUGAAGCAAAGUUCUUAACCUGAAGCACUAUUUGUGGGUUAGCGGAGUCUGUAACCUGAAGCGUAUCUAACCUGAAGUGUAUGUAACCUGAGGUACCACUGUAGAUGUAAAGCUGUGUUGACACUCCCAUCUCCAGUGAUAUUUGAGAUAAUUCUUUUAUUAGACAAAUGUCAGCAGCUUUCUCAUGUCUUUUAUACAGAAGACAUGUAAAUUUAAAAUAUUAACAAAAUUCUUAAAAAGUGAGUCACUCCCAAUCAGCAGAAUUAAAAAUUAGUUUGCCUUAAAAAGCAAGUAAAACAUAGAACACUACAAACUGGCCUCUAGCAUACAGUUUUUGUCUAGUUGGAUGCCAUUAUUUUCAGUAUUAAGGUGUUGGGCAGAAUUGGAGUUGUGUUUGUUGUGUCAGUGGAUAUUGCCGUAGACUGGAGAGCUUCAUGGCAAAUUGUACCUUUACUUGAGUUUGUUUAUUUAUUUAGCAGUUAAGGCCAUAGCUUCAAAUAAGACUAUUUGAUUUGAGAAAGGAUCAGCUUCUUAGCCUACCAACAUUUUUUGGCCAGCUCUACUAAAAUUGCACAGGAAGGCAAAAAUGAGAUUCUGUCUAAAUCUAAAUCUUUGAGCUAGUGCAUGGUUGUUAUUUUUGUGUAUAUGUCUUGAGAUACAGAAACAACUUCUUUUUAAAACAAAAACAACGCAGUUUAGAUAGAUGCACUUCUAGUUGAUAAUUACUUGUAAUACAGUUCUGUAUGCUAAAAUGGGGGAAAUUGAGUGAAAUAUACUCAAUAUUAGAGGAAUAGCAACAAUCAGUUGUUCAUUGUUGAUAUGAAUACAGCUCAUUUCCCAUGGGAAAGCACAGUAAGAUAAUUGCACUUUUACGGCUGUGCUUUGGCUUUUGUUUUCUCAACAAAAUUGGGCAAUCUUUUCCAAGUCUCUCUCUGGAAUAUAGCUAACUUGCUUGAAUGCCCUAUUUCCCCAUUAGUUCUUAUACAUGCUGUCUCAUUUCCUAAUUUUGCAAAGUACUUCAUAAACAUUAUUAGAAUUCAUGGUUCCCUCUGCUUUUAUAAAAAAAAUUGAGGUUGCUUGGCUGCUUCAGGUUUAGAAACAGUUCCAUCAUGGAAUCUGCCCCAAAGCUUACAGACUAUAUUUUCCAAGAUAUAUUUUUUUCAAACCGAGUAUGUGCUGUUCUGUUUUGAUUGUUUAAUUUGUGUUUUACCCUUGCAUAUAUUGAAAUUUUCAUACCCUUGCUGUAUAUUAGUCAUGCCAAUUCCAAGUUCAGGAAUCCUGACAUGCUACAGUAACACUAGCCAUAACAGCCACUAUUUCUCCAUUGCAAAGCAUCCUCUGGGGGUUGUAAAGUGCAAUGAGAAAUGUUGGGAAGGAGAUGUGUAUCACAUCUUCCAGAAGCUACCCUUUCCCUGAAACUCACAUCCCUGAGCUGCUUCAACUUGCAAGCAUGUGCCUGAAACCUCACAAUGGAAAAACAACUCUAGGUAUGAAUUAAGCCAAAGGAAAGCACGCACAGCUCUCACCAAUUUCCCUGUUUGGAUCUUCUCCCAUGAAUGCUUUGUAGCAGAGAAGCAGCCAUCAUGUAACUCUGCUACCCAGUUACUGGGUGCUGGAAUGUUUUCCCCAAUCUCCUGAAGAAUACUGCAUAUCUUGAUUCAACACAUCCAGAUCUUUAAAAUAAUUAGCGUGGUUAUUAAUUAUUAGAGGGGACUGACUCUUGGCCUGUUCUGCCUUGUAAGAAUAGCUGGAGUGAGACCUCUUUGUAGCAACUGCCCUAGGCUCACAUUCAGGUAUCCACCAAGACAGUGCUUAUUUCAAAACAAGGAUUUCCCCCCCUUUUUCUUUUUAAUAUUUGUUCUCAUUGUUAUGGCAAAUUUACACCUGUCCCAUUGCACCUAGGUGUUCCCUGCUCCUCUAUACCAAAAUAUCCCCCCUCUGAAUAAAACUAGGUGUAGGAAGAAGGGUUCUUUCCUUGCCUUCUCCCUGACAAGCCAUUUUUGGGGCUGAAAUAGCAUUGGUUACAGGAUCAUUGUCAUGGAAGCCUCUGCUUUCAGCCUGCAAAUCCCAGGUACUGGUUUACUAAGUCAGUAAGUGAAAAAGAAGCUCCUGAAUUACAUUGUAUAUGUCUUGAGUACUAAUAACUAUGUUUAACUGUUGUGAAGCAACCUUAUAAAUGGCUGUUUGUAUAUUCUUAUGCUUCCAAAAUGUAUGCAACAUUGGUCACAAUGACAGAUUUGAAAGCUGUCUGAGCAAGGUUACAAACAGACUUCUCUUAUCUGCUUGUAAUCCAUAGAGUAUGUUACGCCUUGCUGCAAAUAUAUAUAUACAAGUAAUGAAUACGACAUUGCCUGAGUUGGAAAUUCUCAGUGCUAUGCUGAUAAAGUUAUCUACAGUGUUGCAAAAUCUAAAAACACAGAAGCAAAUGGAACCCUUAUCUCUUUAAGGCAUUAAUAUACUGCUUAAUCAUUAGCAUUCCUAAGUGGUGCAAGUCAUCUCCUAAAGUCCCUUUUUAUAACACGAUGUGGUCAAAAACUGCACUACUUUGAGUCGUGUCAGCAGCAAACAGUUAAAAACAGUGCAGCUUAUUUUAUUUCCUAUAAACAUGAAGAAAGUAAAUGUCCACAGAAGCAUUAUGCUGUGAGUGCAGAAAGGAUAUAAAUGUUGAAGUAAGAGAAAUACUUGGAAAACUGAGUUCUUCUCCUGAGUGCCAUUAUGAGAUGGUUCUAAAAGAUACUUAAACAAUAUCUUAACAUCCAAUAAUGCCUUUAUUUAUUGAACUGCUUGCAUCCUAUAAGUAAUAGCUAGCUGUGUGUUGUGCAGCUAAAGUAUGCUCAAAAUUGCACUGUGUACCAAAAAUAAAUUGCUGAGUGGACUGAAUAUUAUUGCUCUGGUAGUUAUGAUUUCAUGACAGGAUGGAACUGUAAAGCUUGUGUUUUUUGCUGCAAGAGGGGGUGCAAAGAGAUUGAUUUAAAGGACAGUGGCUUGGUGGCAAGAAAAGAUGGGGGGGGAAUGGGAGUAAAAUGGGAUGCAGUAUCUCAGUAAGAUACACUUCUAUAGGUAGUUCUUAAUGUUUGAUGUUUUAUUAUGUUUUUAUGUGUUGGAAGCUGCCAGAGUAGCUGUGGCACAACAGGUUAUAGUAGUAAUACUACUACUACAGUGGUACCUCGGGUUCCAUACGCUUCAGGUUACAGACUCUGCUAGCCAAGAAAUACUACCUUGGGUUAAGAACUUUGCUUCAGGAUGAGACCAGAAAUCAUGCUCUGGCGGCGCAGCAGGAGGGCCCAUUAGCUAAAGUGGUGCUUCAGGUUAAGAACAGUUUCAGGUUAAGAACAGACCUCCGGAACGAAUUAAGUACUUAACCCAAGGUACCACUGUACUACUAAAUAUCAUCAUCAUCAUCAGAAAAAUUGGAUUAGAAGACAAUGUCUAGCUUGCUAAUCAUGAUGAUUGAGGUCAGAAAUAAGAGAACGAAAAGCAUUGCAUUUUGCAACUUCUGCAUCAUAAAAUGUUACGGCCACUAUUCAAAACACAAACAUGUCAGCUUAAUUGGCUGGAGUAGAUGUGUACCAUUGAGUGAAAGGUGCUACUGGUCUGUUAUAUGAAGUCAUCCCCCACCUUGUUAGUCAGGGCUGGGAAACCUGGACAUCUCUCCCCGCCACCAUGUUGUUGGAUUCCUACUGUCAUCAGUGUCAGCCAGCAAGUCCAAUGGUCAGGGGUAAUGGGACUUCGUAUUGUUGGGACUACACGUUCCCUAGCCCUACUGUAAUUGAAGAGAAGUCUUCCUAUUCACAGCUGUGGUGGGAGAGUCUUGGGGUUUGAGGCCCUGGGCUUGGAGCUCCAGCCUAGAAGCCACAGGAAAAACAGUCACAGCCCCCCACCAGUCCAUGCCAAAAUGCACGUUUCCCCUUCUCUUCGCUUUUAUUUCAAUUGCAGUGCAUUCUUUCUUUUGUGGUGGCUUGGUGACUAAGGUAGGGGCUUUUUGGUGCGUGUAGAGGGAAGUUUAACUCAGCUUUUGGGUCAUUGCAAGAAUCAAGUAUGUCAAAUGCUGGAUAUAUAAUAUACAUGAAAUCCUCUUGUUGCUUUCAAGUGGGUGCAGGGUUGAGGAGAUUUGGGGUUUUUUUGUUUUGUUAAAAGAUUUCAAUCGAAUGGUGUUUCCUUAAAAAAAAAUUUUUUUUCUUUGUAGAUAAGCAUGUGCCUUUUGGGAGAAUAUUUCAAUUGUGGAGCAACGAAAGAAGGCUGUACAGAAGGAAUAAGAAGCCAAUAUCAGGGUUGGGUAUAUACAAGUGAUCUAUAUUAUGGCAUCCUUAGUUUGUUGCAAUAAACACUGUAACAUUUUAUUGUACCUUUUGUAUAUACGGAAAUAUUUUAAGUUUGGAGUCUAUGGGAAAUGUGCACUAAAUUUAAAACCUAUUUUAAAACAGGGUAUUUUCUGCUUAUGUUAAUUCUGUAUGGUGAUCUCCCCUUCCACAGAACAUUAACUGAGAUAUAUUUGUGGGUUUCUUGACCAACUUAAUUUUUUUAGAUGAGUGUCAAGUGUGAUAACUUACUUAUGUGAACUCUCAGCGCCUACUCUUUCAUUUAUAUAUUGCCAAACUUAACUACCCAUGUCAGAGGGGUGUUCCCUCUCCUUUGUAAACUGGAUGUACAUUAUAGAUCUGUGUGAGUGAUGCAAAUAAAUGUUUACAGUAUUCCUAACACUCAUUACUUCUAUUCUGUAUCUGUUGGUUUUGAAUGUAAUGCUUCGGACAGCAGGAAAUAUGCUGAUAGUAAUCAACCAAAGACUUUUGGUGAGGAUGUCCCUGGCUGUCUUUCACAG